UCUCAUCGUUCACUUAAAAAGAACCGUUGACAAGAUUCGGUUCGUUCGCGAACGUCACAUCUCUAAGUCACUCAGGUUGGAGCCACGAGUCGCUUCUCUCCGCCUCUUUUCUACCAAAGCUACUUUUGAUUCGGCUCCUGCGCCUUUAAGACGGCGGUAAUCCACAUCAUGUCGCCCCCGCUGCAUCUGGAGGUACACGCUUUGAAAGUUAGACCGGGGAAUUAGCGCUAACACCAGGGGACCACCGCCGGGCAACACGAGGCGGGGAAAGACGUGGGGGUUUGGGAGGGAUUGGACGGCAGCUUUGCGUGGGAGGGGUCCGCCGAUCACAACAAAGGGACACAUGAUGAGUGGACGGCUGUAGAAAUGGGCAAGAGAGGAAGGUGAUGGUGCAGCUUGUGGUGGUGGUGCUGGUCCCCACUUUCCCCGGCCGACCAUGCUGCCUGCACCCCGGACGCUGCUCUUCCUCUUUGUAACUCUGCUGGUGCUGCUCCUGAUCCUAGGUGAUAUCUCACAAGUGGAAGAAGAAGCUGCAAAGACUGGACAAUCCAAGAUGAACCUGCACCGGCUCAUCCCCAAACCCCAAAGAAAGACAACGGUACGCAUUGAAAGCACUUCACUGCCAAGACUUGGUAUAAUAAAUCCUGCACAUCCGAGCUACAACAACAGUGCCAAGCUCCCCUCAUCCAUCUGGAUCUUCAACAAGACCCUCUCCAACCUCAUCAGGAAGAACAUUCUACGAUUCCUCGACCCGGAGAGAGACAUCUCGAUCCUUAAGGGCUCUCUGAAACCUGGCGAUGUCGUCCACUAUGUGUUUGACCGCCACAGCACCACAAACAUCUCGGAGAAUCUCUACCGUCUUUUGCCAACCGUGUCGCCAAUGAAGAACCAGCACCACCGGCUGUGCGCCAUCGUAGGAAACUCUGGCAUCCUGCUCAACAGCAGCUGUGGCCCGCAGAUCGACUCUCAUGACUUUGUCAUCAGGUGCAACCUGGCACCAGUGGAGGAAUACUCAGACGACGUAGGCCGUAGGACCAACUUGGUGACCAUGAACCCUUCAGUGGUGCAGCGGGCCUUCCAGGACCUCGUGGACGACGAGUGGAGGCAGCGCUUCCUGCGGCGACUUCAGAGCCUCAGCGGCAGCGUGCUGUGGAUCCCGGCCUUCAUGGCCAAGGGGGGAGAGGAGCGUGUGGAGUGGGCCCUGCGCCUCAUCCGGCAGCACACCGUAGACGUACGCACCGCUUUCCCCUCGCUGCGCUUGCUCCACGCCGUCAGAGGGUACUGGCUGACCAAUAACGUCCACAUCAAGCGCCCCACCACGGGUCUCCUGAUGUACACCAUGGCUACUCGCUUCUGUCAGGAAAUCCAUCUUUACGGCUUCUGGCCAUUCCCCCACGACCCGCAGGGCAAAGCGGUAAAGUACCACUACUACGACGCUUUAAAAUACGAGUACACCUCCAGCUCCAGUCCCCACACCAUGCCUCUGGAGUUUAGGACACUGAGCGCUCUGCACCGACGGGGGGCGCUGCGGCUUCACACUGGGAGCUGUGACGCAGAGAGCGAACAGCAGGAAGAGCUGCAAAGAAAAUAGCUAAGUGGAAUAUCUCUGUGGAAACACUUCCUGGUCUAACCGCACUGGCAGCAUUCCUUUAUACAACUUGGGGUCAUGCAUUUUCUUUAAAGGCAUUGGCAUUUUUCUAUGUCUGCCUUGUAAAAAGUUGCCAACACAAUUAGCUCUCGCAAGGAGAGUUCAUUGUGAGGAUUUUUUGGGCUACAAAUCGAAUACCUGAAUUGGGAUUACUACUUUCACAGGGUUAAAUCAUGUGAUCAUGUCCUUGUUACCUAAGAGGUGAAACGAGAAAAAAAAGGCAGAAUGUAGUAUUGUACUGAGCCCCAAGAGACGUGAAGUGGACACAAUGUGGGAGUGUAGCAGCUGUUCACACAGGCCUGUUUGCACAGACGUUGCCAAUAGUUAGUCAAGAACACCAGCUCUUCCUCUACUGGAGGUUAGAAUGUCAUUUCUUAUGAAUGUAUAAAAGGUCUAUAUUCUUAGAAAUGUAAAAAAAAGAUGUUGUCCUCAAAUGUGCUUUAAAUAAAUUCCCCUAAACACUCUUUUAAAGGGGAUGUUUGCAACAUUACAGCGGCUGCCUAGAGGGUGCUAACUUUCAUUAUAUCCCAUCCUCUUUUGACUUGAACACGCCCUACGGAACACAUAUGGACACAAAUUAGCUUUGAUUGGUGUCAGCUAAAAGCAAUUUAACAAAGUUUAGCCUAUAACUUUGGCUAUUUUUAAAUGCAUAGCCUAUUGUAACGCCAACAUGACGGCAAAUUGUUAGCUGCUUUUCUUGAAAUGUUUAUUCAACAUAAUUAGUAAUUAAGGAUGUAACGAUCAAUGGUAAUAAUGCUGAUCGCAGUAGACCUCCCUAAAAUUAGUAUUACUUAUUUGAAUUUAAAUUAAUAUUUAUUAUAUGUAUUGUUAUUUAAUUAUUAUUAUUAUUGAUAACUGCAUUUUGUUUAACUCGCGCCAACUUGCUAGCAUACAUGCUAAAAAUGAAAAUAAGAGACAUUAACGUCUUUCCCUAUUUUACAUACCCCAAUCUAAACUUAUAUAAAUAUAUUAAAGAUUAAAGUACCAAUGAUCAGGGCAGACACUCUAUGCUCUCUUAAAACAGAGUGAUUGUUUUAUACUCAGAGAAAUAAGAGACUGAGAUGUUUUUAUGGUGCAUUCAAAGACCGCUGAACAAAGUAGGACACAACUUCCACCAGAAAUAAUAAAUACUAGAUUUUAUAUGUUAGGCACUUUUCAUUUAAAUAUAUCUUAAAGUGCUGCAGCACAAAACCGAUAUUUAAAACAAUAGAAGUUAAGAAAUAAACACAAAACAUGCAAAAUAGGGUUUUUUCUAAGUAUGUCCAUUUUAGUUAUUGAAAAAAAUAACUUGGUCAAAAUAUAUCAGUAUGUAUAAGUACUGUUAGAGCACAUUCAACAAUACGCUAUAAAAUUGAUAACCGUGAUCACUUUGGUCACGAUAACCGUGAUAUGAAAUGUUCAUAUUGUUACAUCCCUAUAACAGUAAUUGUGAAAAUUAUAGACACAUAAAAAUUAUAUAUGUUCCGUUAAACCACUAAUGGUAACAUAAGUUAGCUGCUGGUGUCCUUGUUAUAUUUUUUUGGUUUGAAAAAUGUAACUUUGAGCAAAUUGCAAACAGCUCCUUUAACUAAUAAGUAUGUGGAUAUUGUUUCUAUUAUAAGCAAUAUACAAUAUUUAUACAAGUAAUCUAUAAAGGGAACCAUAGUGAUAAGGUUAAAAAUAGAAUACAAUAAUUAAGCAAUUUUACACGAGUACUAAUAUACUGUACAUAAAUAAAUCAUUAUUACUAGAAAAAAAAAUUGUUUACAUUACUUUGGGGGAAAUAAUCAUACAUUAAUACUUUUGAAAUAUUACAUGAAAACAGUUUUUAGGGAUGCAUGUUUUUUUCUCACACAGAUACUGAUAUUUGCUUCUUCUUAAGACCGAUACCGAUAACUCGUUUAUAUCUAUAAUUUUUUUCAAUUCAGAUUUAAGUGUAAUUUGUGCACACCUGAAAGUGCGAAAGACUUAUGAUUUGUCCUGACAAAAGUUAGUAUCUCAAACGGUGGCAAAGGGCUGGUCGUCCAACAUUCUCACAGAUCUCUUUAGCCGGCGGGUCGUCUCAAACUUUUUGCACUUUUCAAACGCCAGCUUUCAAAACCCCGUCGUAGCGAUACUGGCGUUUCAGGUGGCUGAUAAGGUUUGAUGUGUUGAAGCUAAAUGUUUUUUUCCCCUCGUGGCGGAAUGGUUGCAGAACAUUUGAUUCAAAUAGCACGCGGAAGGUUUUUCUCAAAAAGAGUGAAGAUGUCCCACACAAUCGACGCCAUGUUUGUUUACAAUGAGCUCAGGGGGAGUGUACGACUGGCCGAUUACAGCAAUGCAAAUAGUAAAAAAAAGUAGCGCUUCACUUGCUCACCAUGACCCACUUAUAGCGCUGUACAAGUAAUCUCACCUCUUUAGUAAUUUGUACAAUUUUUUAAUGCUGAUAUAUGUAUGGCGUCAUCAUUCCUCAUAUAUUGUGUAGCCCUAAUAGGAAUGAGCUUUGAGGAAAAUGAGUUUGUUUUAAUAAAAUAAAGUUGUGUUUUAAAAUAAUGUAAUAUUAUGAGGAAAAAGUCAUAGUAUUACAGGAAUAAAGGUGUGAUUUUGCAAAAAUGUUUUUUUUUUUAUCUUACAAGAAUUGUUUUCAUCAAAGAUAAGUCAGAAUAUUAUAUAGUAUGCCCCAAUUACGGUUUAUUUUUGGUACAGUAAAACAAAAUGCAAAAUGUUUUGAUUUUCCAAAAUGAAACGAAACCUAAAAACUAAAAUCUAACAAACUCCUAAAAAUAUACAAAUCUAUUUUUGAAAAUCUCAUCAUAUUACAGAAAAACGUUCAUGAGAUUACUUUUUUUUUUAUUAAAUACAAACGUGUUAAUAUUACAAGAAUAAUGUCAAAACAUGACAAGAAUAAACGUGUAUUUUUUGUGAGCAAUAAGUCAUAAUUACAAGAAUAAAUUCCCAAAAGAACACUUUUAAAAUUUGUUUUGCUGCACUAUGACGUAAAAUUACGACUCCUAACAUUUACAGUAUUUCCCUUUUCAGUGUCAUUCUAACACUGCUUUUAUAUGUUUAGAAAUUAGUAUUUCUGAUUCUUACUUGAAACUCGCAGUCCAAAAACGGACGUGGAAGAACAUAAACUUCUUGUAUGUAGCUGUGACUGUAAGAAUUAAGCUUAAUUAUAAUGGGAGUUGUAUCGCUUUUUUAUUAUCUUAGGGUUAGCUUUUAUUUGUAGGUUGUCUUCAAGUAAAGCACUUUCUUAGCUCAUUUUGCAAGGUAAUGUAUGUGCCUAUACGUUAGCAAAAUAGUCAAUUAAUGCUGAAGCCUCUGGUGAACCUGUCAUGUGACGAGUAUGUAGUAUAGAAGUGUUGUGACAGGGUAGGCCUGUUGAGUCCCACAUUGCCUCAAAGCGCUGCCUAUUAAGUUAGGAAUAGACAUGAACGUUGUUCAAAGGACGUCAACAGUCUGAGGCUGAUGAAUGACUCUUUUUGUGGAAAACUACAGUUCCCUUAGUGACUUACUGUUGCUUUUUCUUUCUCCAUAUUGUCCUAAUUCCAUCCAUCCAGCCAUCUUCUAAUGCUUUGUCCUAAUUACAGCAAAACAUAUUAUGCAUGCUUUGUUUUUCAUAAAACACAAUGCUUAAUAGAUAACGAAUGUAUCUUGUUAAUUGACAUUUAAAUUGUGCUGUUACGACAAGAUGAAUGUAUUUUGUGUGGCAAAAAAACAAGGCCUUAAAGCAAAAAGCUUUUUAUUAUUUUCAGAAACAUGGAAACUGAAGAGACCUUUGUGGCUGCACGUGGGAAACUAUUGGAAAUCAAGCACAAAUACAUUUCAAAGUAUUCUGUAUGGAGGUUAGUUUGUGUCUUCAUUACAAAAGCUUUUUUUUUUUUACACUGAAUUUAUGUAACUUAAUUUUUUGCGUUUUAAUUUUGUGGACUGAAUUUUUUUGACAACAAUUUAUGCGAACUGUUUCAUUAAAUACAAAUGUGUGUUUAAAAAUUCAAUUUGUCAAAAUACAGUGUUUUAAAAUUCAGUAUAAAAAUUGAGACCCAUCUCAUGUGACUUAAAACUUAAGGCUUCAUUGGCUGGCCCUAAGACAAGAUCGAUCGCUUCGGUCUUAAUUUACCGGAAGUGGGUCUUGAGUUGCAAUGAAUUUUAGUGCACAAUUUUUUUAUUUUACACACUAAAUUUUAACAGAUUUUUUAAACACACAAAUUUGACUUAGUUUUUUAUUCAAUGCAAUUGUCGGCAUAAUUUGAUGUAAAAAAUUCAGAUCGCAAAAUUCAAACGCAAACAUCUUCAGUUAUAUAAAUUCAGUGACCAAAAAAGCUUUCACAAGUUAACCUCCAUACUUUUAUCAUGAACAGCCUUAAGGAAAUUGGCUGCACUAUUCAAAUAACUCACAUAAUUAUAAGGAAAAUAUUUUACUAGAGAAAUUAAACAUAGGCACACAGAUGAUCGUGUUCAAAUAGAAUUACAGAAUAGAUUUCACUAGAUGAACAGGGUUUUUUCCACAGUUUCACCAGAACAGGGUUAUCUGCAUGUACAAUAAAAGAUACAUUUUACUAUGAUACAAUACUGGAAUGAACAGGAACUGUGUACGCUGUUAUCAAAUGCAUCAUAUCAUAUACCAACAAAGAAUGUUAAACACCAUUCACAAACUUUCACAUUCUAUCCUGUAUGUAUGUUCAAAACUGAAAAUAAAACUACUGCAGUGAUGAUGCAUUUGGAGUUGGAUAUAUACAGGAACAAUGCGAGUGAUAGUUUGAAUGAAAACAAAAACAUAUUCAUUAUUAAAAGAUCUUUGCAAAACCUAAGCUCCCGGUUUAUUGUACCUCUUUUUUUUUUUUUUUUUAAACGUAACUCUUAAUUUUGGUUGGUUGUUGUGGGAAACACAUCUAGUGUGUGCUUUAUGGUUGAGACAAUGGGCCUCAUUAAUGCUCAAAACAAGCACAUUACUUAACCUUGCGUUUUACUUUUGUAGCUGUAUGUAUAAAUGGCGCCGCUGAAGUGGCUGCUGGUUGCAUCAGCUCUUGGCUUUUAAGGUCUUGUAUUUCCUUUGUUCCCCUCUUAUUUUUGUGGAGUUUUGUAUCUCCGCUGUCCAUCCAUUUCCCACCGCUUGUCCCUCUGCAAUAAAUAAAGUAUCCUAUCCUUUCCUUACACGAACCACCCUUACAUUAAAAUGACCAACUGUUGUGACAAUGUUCAGUGUUUAAAAUCAAACAAGACAUGACGUCUUUGUGUUGUCAUAAGAUUCCUUAAAUAGGAUAAAUCACUUUCAUAGCAAACAGAUGAAUAAAUACCCAAUUAUAGCUUCUUUUUUUUAAACAUGUAAGCUGCAGUCGACGUGACAGAAAUUUAGAAAUAUAUAAACGCAUAGUAAAAAAAUAUAGGCCGACCCCAUCUAUUGUAACAGAGAGCCUUACACAGUAUAUAUUCACAAAAUACUUGUUAGUAGACAUCAUUUGGUAUGAAAGUUAAAAUUAAGGGCUUGCACAAUUCUUGCAUGGGAUACCCUGCAGUGGCUCUAUUAAAAAGAACACCCAUCGAGUACAAGUCGACAAC